UCGCAUUCUAUCCGCAACCAUACCUGUUCGACAAGUCAAUUGCUCUUGUUGCGUUGACAACUGCAAUUGACCCAGAGCUGUGCAUCAACCUUGAAAGCAAACUGUAAAAUCACCCAGCUUUGUCGUUAUGCUCCGAUCGUCACGCAUCAUAUCGGCAUUUGGCCGUCAACAUUUUAUGCACGCAUCAAUCGCUCCGUUGCGGUCGAUGUCACCGUUGACUCUGGUGGUCGCCCGGGCCAUCUCCACUGGAAUGCAAACACGCAAUUUCAGCAAGAAGACUUCACGGGAUGAAAGUAUUAUUCCGGGAGUCCGUUCCGAAUACGGAUCCCUCGGAGAUCUACCGUCUCCCUCCAAAGCUGCCGCGCCUUGGCAAGCCGAACACAACAUCGACGUUCAACGUGUCACUCAAAAAGCUAUGGUAUAUGAGCUGUGCCAGUCGCAAACUCGAACAAUCGAAGAAGUGGUUCCGUGGUUUUUGGAGAACAUGCCGACUUCGUAUUUUCGGCAAGUUCCCGAACGCUUUCGGAUGGAUCACAUCAAAGCAAUUGCGGCCGUCAAAGAUGCGAAUAUGGACUUGUACUUGAACUUGCAGUCGCAUUUACCGGAUGGUCGUCAGGUCUUGACUUUUAUUCGCCCCGGCACACAAUCGGGUACUCUUGUCAAAAUGGUGCAGGAGCUCCCCUGGCGACAGAGCGCGGCCGACUAUGUUCCGCUCUCACGCAUUCAUGUGUUUUCCACAAGGGACGACGCUAUGAGUCUCAACAUGUUUGUCUACGGUACAAAGCCUCCGGGAUCGUUGGUCCAUGAGACGGGCGCAUCAAUCAUUGACUAUGCUGAGCAAGUCAACGAUGGCAGUAUUGUCGAUGAUAGGGGCGAGUUGAAGCCAUCACCAGUCUUUGAACGCGGAGCCAUGAUUGAAUACCUGCAAAACUGCAGUGAGAACUACAUCAAUAUUGGUGUAAAUGAUCCCCGGCGCUUCCUCAAUCAGAGAUUGUUAUUUGCGCAAGUUUCUGGAUCGGAAGGUACAGCGGUCCAGAUUGAUCCCGUCGAUACGGAGAACGGAGGGCACUACUGGGUUGACAUGGCGGUGGCCAAUUCAUUACCGCAAGUAGCCUUGGAACACUUGUCACGAUUGCUGUAUGUCCACGAUUUUGACGUGACACGAGCGAGGCUCGAUGUGAUUCCUGAUGGCAAGAACGGAAAUAUUACCAUGUUGCGAAUGCUAGUUUCGCCAUGCAAUAAAUCGCCAGUACUACCAGAAACGUUGGAUCUCCUUGCCUUGGAACUCAAGCGCGUCAAGUGGUUGGAUCCGGCUACUAUAACUCUGGUCUUUGAGAAAUAUCCACACAUGAGUGUCGCCAUCGGCGAAACUAUUACAGCGCUUUGCUCGUUGAUGCAUCCCAUCAUGACCAAGUACAAUGCAGUCGCCUACAGCAAGGCCAAUAUUUACGAAACCUUGACUAGCGAGCGUUUCAUUCCGCACGCCGAAGCGAUUGCAGAUAUGUUUCUUGAUCGCUUCAACCCCCAUAAUCCUCUAUCGAACGCAGACUUUGACAACCGCUGCGACACAAUUCUGAAAGCGGUUGAUACCGAUGUGGAAGACACAGUCGCCACGGAAUUGCUGGAAAAAAUGAUCGACGUUGUGAAGCACACGCUGCGCACAAAUGUUUACCUGUCCGACCGUUAUGCGCUGGCCCUGCGAUUAGAUCCCCGCAUCAUGGUACCGCCAGGUGGCGAAAAUAAGGAGCUUCCCUAUGGUGUCUUUUUUACGCAUGGUCGUCGCUUCAACGGGUUCCAUGUUCGCUUCCGCGAUAUUUCUCGCGGCGGCAUGCGUUUGGUGACUCCUCGUAGCCCAGAGCAGUUUGCCUUGGAAUCGGCUCGCCACUACGAUGAAUGUUACGGCCUAGCCUUUGCUCAACAGCUCAAGAACAAAGACAUUCCCGAAGGUGGGUCCAAGGCUGUAUGCUUGAUCAACACUAACGGAAUGUCAGAUUCCGGGAAAAACUUUGUCAUGCGGAAAAGUGUAAAGGCUUUUACCGACUCGAUUCUUGAUCUCAUUGUGGAGACGGAUGAAACGAGAAAGAACAUUGUGGACUUGUUUGGUAAAAAGGAAGUGCUCUAUCUCGGGCCAGACGAGCAAGUAAUUCCGGACGACAUUAACUGGGUUAUUAAACGAGCUGGCAUGAGAGGAUAUCAGACGCCGGCAGCUUUCAUGAGUAGCAAACCUCGCGCGGGGAUCAAUCACAAGGUAUAUGGAGUAACAAGCGAAGGCGUCAACGUUUAUCUAGAUGUUGCUUUGCGUCACACGCUUGGAAUCAACCCGAAAGAUGCCCCAUUCACGGUGAAGAUUACGGGUGGACCCGAUGGCGAUGUCGCCGGCAACGAAAUGAAAAUCAUGAUGCGCGAAUACGGAGACAAUGCCAGGAUUGUCGGGAUUGCGGACGCCUUUGGCUGCGCGGAGGAUCCCAGGGGCUUAGACCAUGGCGAGCUAGAGCGGCUCGUUACUGGAACCAUGAGUAUUGUCCACUUUGAUGCUUCGAAGUUGAGUGCUGACGGAGUUCUCCAUACCUGCGACACAGAAGCUGGUACGAAAGCGCGAAACACCAUGCACAAUCGCCUCGUGACGGAUGCAUUUGUCCCUUGCGGAGGCCGGCCUGGUACAAUUGACAGCACCAACUACAAGCAGUUCCUCCAGACUGAUGGCUCACCCUCGAGCAAGCUUAUUGUUGAAGGUGCCAAUCUAUUUAUUACUACUGAAGCACGUCAAGCUCUUUUUGACGAGGCAGGUGUAGUGAUCGUGAAGGACUCAUCGGCAAAUAAAGGUGGUGUCAUAACGUCUUCCUACGAAAUCUGCGCUGCAAUGCUCUGCACGGAAGAGGAAUUCUUCGACAAUAAGACUCAGAUUGUGAGCGAAGUCCUGGAUAAAUUGCGGGGUCUUGCUAAGCUCGAAGCCGAGCUUUUAUUCCGAGAAUUCGAGAACUUCGGUGGUUCUCUACCAGAAGUGAGUCAAAUUAUAAGCAAUUCAAUCAAUGCCGCGACAGAUGCUCUGUCGGUAGCUUUAGACACAUUGUCGGAAGAGGAGCGCGAGUCUCUCCUGCCCCUGUUCCGUGCUCAUCUUCCCAAGACGUUGGCCGACCUUUCCUUUGAGCACGUCCACGAUCGUGUCCCUGAGCAAUACAUCAAGAAUGCAAUUAGUUCUUGCCUUGCAUCAAAGAUUGUUUACAAGGAAGGAACCAGGUUCAUCUCCUCGCAAAAGCCCGACAAGCUUGCGGCUAUAGCUCUCAAGUAUAUUCACAAGGAAAAGGAGGUGGCUGAUUUGAUGGAAUCUCUAUCGAGCAGUGAGUUUCCGGAGAAUGAAAAGAAGAAAAUUCUGUAUUUAUUAGAGCGCGGAGGCGCGCGCACAGCGCUUGAAGCCCUUUAGACAGUAGUGACUGGUCCAUGUAUUCGAACAGUGCCAAAAGAAGAUCUUAAACACUUCUAGGUUUGUAGAUGUAUGGUAAC